AUGUCGGGCACCCUGAGCAAGCGCCAGCAGGCGCGUAACGAGGCGAUUCUGCAGGAGCUGGUACAUUCGGUGCCAGGCAAUGACCAGUGCGCCGACUGUCACGCGCGAAACCCAGGCUGGGCAUCAUGGAGUUUGGGCGUCUUCUUAUGUAUGCGCUGUGCCGCGAUACAUCGAAAGCUGGGCACGCACAUAUCCAAGGUCAAGUCGCUAAGUAUGGAUGCGUGGACGAACGAACAAGUCGACAACAUGCGGAAAGUCGGCAACGCUGCGUCCAACAAGAUAUAUAACCCCGAGAACAAGAAACCAUCGAUCCCCAUCGACGUGGACGAGGCGGACUCGGCAAUGGAGAGAUUCAUCAGGCAGAAAUACAUCAACAAUGUCGCCGGCCAGGCUGGCAAGCUGAAAAGACCGCAGCUCGAUGAAGGCACCCCGCCACCACUCCCGCCCAAAAACUCCAAGUUCGGAUUCCGGUCGGCAUCGUCGAUAUUCCCACUGUCGUCGCGGGCAAAGAAGGAGGCAAAGGCGGCCGCUGCGCAGGAGCUUGCCAACUCCAAUUCCUCGUCGAGCUCGAGCCACGCAAACCAGGCGAACCACGCGAACAAGCAGUCCAAGGUGUUUGGGGCCACCGUGGACUACGGCCAGGACGACACAGACAAGAAGCUUGCGAGACUACGAGACAUGGGCUUCCAGGACGACCAGCGAAACACUGCUAUUCUCAAGGGAGUCAACGGCAACUUGGAGCGUGCUGUAGAGGCGCUUGUUCGUCUCGGCGAAGGCGACAGGUCACCAGGACCGGCGCCAACAGCCGAGCGGACGUUGCGCACCUCGAGGUCGCUGACGCCGGUGGGCUCGAACGCCGGGGGACUCAACCUAGGUUUGAGCAUGCCACAGAAGGAAUCGGCGUCAGGACGACCAACUACGGCAUUGGCAGCGUCUACGAACCCCUUCGAUAUGUUCCCGCCUGCUCAGCCCCAGACGGCUCAGUCCACCGGGACGCUGCAGACCAACAACCCAUUUCUGAAUUCGACGAAUCCCUAUGGGAAUCCCGCUCACCAGGCCGGCCUCGUCACGCAGGCUUUCCAGAACAUGAGCCUGUCUCCGGCGGCUCAACCUCUUUUCCCCCAUCAUACUGGAGGAAUCGUUACGUCGCCCCAUCAGUUCUCGAUGUACCAUCAGGCUCAGGCUACUCCGCCAGUUCCUCAACAAUACCAGGGGUUAAGCUUCCAGAGCAGCAUGACAUACCCUCAGCCCGCCACGCAGCCUCUGGCACCUCAGCACACGGGCUACAACCCGUUCCUUACGCAGGCCCCGGCGUCCUCUCCGUUCCAGCAGCAGCAGCCGCAGCAGCAGCAGAAUCUGUCCCUGAACACUAACCAGCCCGCGACAUAUGCGAACAACCCCUUCACGCGAUCGCCGACGAGGAUAUCGUCGCCUUCUCUCACCCAGAUUCCCGAACAGUCUCAGCCCACGAUGUUUCAGACUCCGACGCCGCUUCAACCUCACUUGACUGGAACAAAUCCCUUUUUGAACAACGGCGUGCAGUACCCCCAGCAAAUGCUCCAGCAGCAACCGCAGCAACCGCAAUACUACGGGCAACAGCUGCAGCAGCCGCAGCCGCAGCAACAGCAGCAAUAUUACCAGCCUCAGCGUCAGGACAAGGCGUCUAUUCUCGCGCUGUACGGCCAGCCGCAACCAGCACGCCCCGCGGCCUCCGACCCUAACUUGCACGCACAACCACCAACCAUCCCAGAGGACAGACCAAUGCCGAUGCAGCCUGCAGUGACGCAGGCGCAAUCGCCCAUGAGCCCGUCGCAGCCAGUUGCGGGAACCAACAACCCGUUCAUGAAGAGCGGGCCUGCGGCAGCGUCUCCAGAUCCCUUUGCGACGGAUCGUAAGAUUAGCCGAGAGAGCAUGAAUCUGGGCAUGGACAUGGCCUGGACGAACGGGCGGCACAGCCCGGAUGCCUUUGCAAGCCUCAGUGCGAGACAUGGUUGA